UUUGUCCAAGUCCAUUCCUACUGCUUCUAGAUUCAAACAAACACAACCAAAGUAGCAAGUGGCUCUUUUAAUAUUCCAACACUUUAUCUGCUUCACAUUCCAUUUAUCUAACUACAUAGUCAUAAUCACACACUGAUUCAUGUGUUGAAAAUGUGUCCUCUCAGACUCAUUCUCAUAUUCUUGUCUGCUACUCUUGCUGCUUUUUUUGUCCUCAGAAACCUUAGAUCUCAACCUCAACCUCAGCUAACUGAGUUGGAUAAAGAAAAUGAAGAUGAAGGUAUCACAGAAACAGAUACCUCGGAUUCUGCUAAAACAAUGUUAAAUGCACCUUCUAAAUCCAAGGUUAAGGUUGCAUUGGAAUCUGGGUUUUGGAUAUUUGUUGACAUGGCUUCUGGUCGUUAUCUAUGGAGGCAGAUGGUCCAAUCCUCUUCAAAGGAAUAAUAGAUCAACAUGUUCUAUACCAUAUAUAUUGAAUGUAAUAAUAAUACAAUUUGCUGUAUAAACAUUUGGUAUGGAAUGUUAUAGUUUAUAGAUAGAGUUAGCCUGUUA